AUGCGGCUGCCUGCGGUCCAUGUGGAAAUACUGUUGUGUUUGAGGCAGGAAGACUUGAGAGCAGCCCAGACUGUUUUCAUUGAGAGUGGUCGUUGGGAGGUGACGGCUCAGUCCAUCGUUCACUUGGUCGAGAGGCUUGGUGACUAUGCGGAACAUGCUCUCAGACUGCGGCGACCGCUGCGCACUCGACUCAUCCUAAAGCUUUGUCUCAUUUGCCCUCACACUUCCGCUGGAACCCGGAUACUGUCGAUCAGCCCGGCCACCCGUGUCCGUCCGGUGACCGGACCUCCCGGUCACGCGGCGCGGCACUGGGCGCACUGCUUCGGCCACCGCCACUCGUGUUGGCCGUGCCGGACAUCCAGUCUGCACGAAUUGGAGUUCCAGGUAUGGCGAAUCCAGGUCGACCUCGUUCGAAUUUAG